AUGGCCGACGUUAGCCCUGUCGCGGAGCUGCUUGGCCAGGCCUUCUACCACUUUGAUCGCUUACGGCCACUUCUGCCAACAUAUGGACACCUGCUGGCCUCUGCGCUUUUCCCUAUCUGGAUUGGCUCGCAUGCAUCCUUGACCCGGCCGUCAUCAGCAGCGAAGGCUAGCAAGAAACCGGCCACGGAAGAUGACGAUGACACGGAUGAAGACGAAGAAGGAACGGGACCUUUGCAAAAGAUGGAGGGACUGGAGCCAUCAGAUGCGCUCAUCUUUCCUUUGACUGCAGGUCUCACCCUCGGCGGUCUAUACUUGGUUAUCAAAUGGUUGGAGGAUCCAGCUAUCUUGAACAAGAUCCUCAGCUUUUACUUCUCUCAAAUGGGUCUCUUCUUUGCCUUUGCCUUCCUCAAGGAUGUUUUCUCGAUAAUGCGUUCAUUCGCCUUCCCCAGGUAUUACCGCCAAGGGGGCAAAUUGUGGAAAGCCAGACAGUCCGAGUGUCAUUUCAUUGCGCACGAAAAAGAUUCUCCGACCAAGACACCAUUCAUUCGCUAUUCACCACUCCCUGGAAUCUGGGGAUGUAUACCGCUUCCAACUUUCGUGUCAGGUUCUCUCUGGAUAUGCAGAACGGCUCUGUACCAACGACUCAAAGUCCGGACGCACGUGCGUGGCUUGUUUGACCUCAAGUGUCUCGUUGGUCUCCUAGAUGUCCUCAGCGGGGCUAUCGCUCUUGCUGUCGUCAGCUAUUUUGCAUUUGUCGACAAGCCAUGGUGGCUGACCAAUUUCCUUGGAUUCUGUUUCUGCUAUGGAACCCUCCAAUUCAUGUCUCCCUCAACAUUCUGGACUGGAACGCUCAUUUUGGGCUCCUUGUUCUUCUAUGAUAUCUACUUUGUGUUCUUUACGCCUCUGAUGGUCACUGUUGCGACUAAGCUAGACGUGCCAAUCAAGCUUCUCUUUCCCCGUCCGCCCACUUCUCGUGAUGCACCCGGCGUGACACCACUGGCAAUGCUUGGACUUGGUGACAUUGUCAUUCCAGGAAUGAUGAUCGGUCUGGCUCUUCGCUUCGACUUGUUUCUCUACUAUCACCGCAAAGGUGCUCAAAAGGCCGAGGCCGAAGGAUCAAAUCAAGUCAAUGUCAAGCCUGAGUACCAAUCGGCAACCGGCGCCUGGGGAGAAAGAUUCUGGGCACCUUCCAAUAAGCCCGCUCGCCAGGAACUACAGCCUCCAUAUUAUGAUGCCCGGAAAUUCCCAAAGACAUAUUUCAAGGCUAGUGUGAUCGGUUACAUUCUUGGAUUGAUCACCACCCUUCUUGCGAUGCAGUACUCGAAUCAUGCCCAGCCAGCUCUUCUAUACCUGGUUCCGGGUGUUUUGACAUCGCUUUGGGGAACGGCGCUACUCCGAGGUGAAACUCGCACAAUGUGGGAAUACUCUGACGGCGAGGAAGUAGAAGAUGAAAAGGCAGAGAAGGAGAACGACAAGAAAGCCGAAGAUGACGGGAGCGAAACAAAAGACAAGCCUCAGGAUUUCAAGAGCUUUUUCACGCGCAUGUUCUCCGGGGACAAGAAGCCUACAUCGAACAGCGCAAAAGCACCUGAGGCCGAGAAGGAGGACCAGGACAAGAGCGUUGACUCUCGUCCCAGCUCGAAGUCUUCCAAGGAAGGCAAGCACAGCUCCACUACAAAGAAAGCCGCAAAAGGCGAUGGUGACUUGGAUCUUGUAUCCUUUUCUGUGUCGAUCCCUGGAAAAGCCAAGAGCGAGCCCGCGGUCGAUUCUAACGACGACGCCGCGAGCUCCUCAGAAGACGAACACGGAGUCCUUGUCUCUAGAGAAGUCAAUGGGGAUGAUGAACCGCCAUUGAAGAGAAGACGACGAGGCAUGACGAACAAGUGA